ACAGAGCUAAAGAAUCUGAUUUCUCAGCCACAAUCAACGGCACCAGGAAACAAGAGAGCACUUCCAGCAGCAGCGUUAGCCGUACUAAGUAAUCCUAAAGUACAAGAAGCAGCUGUAGACAAAGGAAUUGAAGUCGUUGGGAAAAUGGUUGACAAAACUUUAGAAAACGUUGAACACGCACAAAAUAAAGCAGCUCAAUUCUUAAAGAAGGAGGUAUGGUGAUAUACUUAUCUUUUAUAGACUUGUAAACCCUUUGCCCUGUACUCGUCGCUAAGGGGUCCUUAUUCCUUGUAAAUGUUUUAAAUCCCAUUACAUACAAUAACCGACAGAGUUUGAUCAAAACAGUUUUUGCGUAGAGUGAAUUAAGAAACUUUUUAGUCAAGUUAAACGCAAGGCAGAUAACUCACACCGCUGGAGCUUUUAUAAAUUUCCGUACUAUGAAGCAGCAAAGUGUAUAUUAACUCCCUUGAGUGGGAUUAUAGUUCAUCGCGGGUUGCUUAAAACGACUUUCCUCUGGCAUCCCUGAAAGCUCGCCUCUCACACUUCUGGGUACGAGAGGCAUUGUGCGACUAGAGCGUCUUGCCCAGGAACACAACAGAUUUACCAAAAGGUGCGAAAACCAGGAUCUUCCAGCUUCAUGACAACCUUUUUAAUUAUUAAAUUCAGAUAAAGCUGGACAUUACUCCCGACAAGGCCUGGAUAAGUGACGACAUGUUUGUUCCAUCAGCCUAUCACCUGGAUGCCUCCAUUGAAGAUGACUCCAAAUCUCCGGUGGAAGAAGGAGAAACUCCGUUUACAUACCCGGCAGGAAUGGGUCAGAUUCUUAUGAACGGAUGUUGGGGAAAAGACUACAAGAUUGGUGAUCCGUGUUACAAUGCGAAGGAAAACUCGUCAAUAUGUAGGGUAAGGAUAAAUAUCAUGAAAAUAAACUUUAAGGAUCAGGAUUAUCUAUAAAAAGAAAACGAAAUUCAAUCUGGUCAACUAUUAUGAAAUCAUUAGUUUAUCAGAAAAAUUAAUAAGAACAGAAAAGCAAAAAGAAGAAUAAAAAAAGAAAAAGAAAGGAAAUAAGGCGAGCAAUCAGAGAAAGGGGUGAGAAAGAAAAAUUAUCAUUCAAGGAAAUAACAGCUUUCUCCUUUGAUAUUGAAGAAAUGUAAAAUGGUUUCCGUGUUUACAUAGCUUGAUGUAAACACGCGGGAGGUUGGGAGAACACGAGAUAAGCGUAGGAAACCACGACGCGAAGCUUAUCACAUUUCUUUUAUAAAAUAACUAAUGAAAGAGGAACGAAAACCGUGUUUACAUACGCUUUAUGGUUUAUACGUUUUAUGGCCAAUCAGAGCGCGCGUACUAUUUGAAUUAUUUUAUAACACUGUUUCUCAUUUUAUUUGCAUGGAACUUUCCUUCAGAGAACUUUUCAAUUGCAUUUACCUCGACAGGAUAUGAUUGAUGGCGCCGCUUUCAUAGGUGUGGGUUUUGACGGUAGCGGAGAAUAUAGUCCAGAGUCCAGAAAAAUGAGCAUUGUCCAGAGGAACUGUGUCAAUAAAGCAACGUAAGAAUGAGAUUCAUUUAAACUCUGCCGCAUCAUCGAGUGUCUCUCCCUCCUAUUGCCUCAAUAGUUCUAUAUAGUUCUAUGGUUCAGUUUUCGCUUCAGUUUUGACCCCUUUUUUUCUCAGCUACGAUGACCUAGACGUUCCAGACACCAUGAAUGUCCAUGGUAUUUAUGAGACGUCAGCGUUUACGUUGACCUUUGAGAACAGGGCUGAAUACCAGACAUAUCUUCAACACCAGGCUGGCGUCUCAGGUUCCAUAUUUGGCUUCAGUGCAGGAGUGAAAAAAGCCUGGGGUGGCUCAAUGCAAACUAGUACUCAGCAGUAUAUGGCUGCCUUGUACGUGGAUGCAGAGAGGUGAGUAAGCAACACUGCGCAAUGAAUUUGGAUACAACUAAGCAAACGCUUAUUCACAACAUUAACAGACCAAAGAGUUCCAAAUUGUUUCCAAUGCUGAAUGACGCCAAGGAAAACCAAGUAUUAAUUGCAGUAUUCAUGUCUUGGAUGAGGACUUUUGCCACGGUUGUUGAAAUGCAAGAAAAUCUCAUUGAUCACAGAUGUUUGCACGAGGACCCUCCUUUACGGAAACGGUCGUCUGACUAACUGAUGCACUCUUUGAAUUUAAGGUACGAAAUCUUCAUGGACGAAGUAAAACCAAGUGAUCUUAGUCUGUCAUUCCUGAGAGAAUUCAUGGAACUCCCAAUCUCCUAUUUUCAACCUGGUGCACAGAUAAAAUACCGUAAGGAACAUUCUCUGACUUAUGUUAACACUGAUCCUUUGAUAAUGCCCACAUCCACAUAAAGAUGUUCAGAUUGAUGAAAGAAUUGGCCAUUUAUGUGUCACAUAAAUAUCCUGUUCUCAAAUUAUUAAACUGCAAAAAAAUCGAGGGAGAAAACAGCACAAAGUAAAGGUUUCCCAAAUUGUGGUUUCUUACUUCGAAUGCAUGGUUAAUAAAUUGUGCACGUGGUGAUCUGAUAAAAAUUAAUAAACCAGUUUGAAAACCGAAGAGAUUUACACAUCUACACAUUGUAGUUGAUAAUAUAUAUCUUCAGACAGCUUUGUUCUGAUCCAGUUUCUUUCUCUUUUUUUUUGCAUAAAAUGACAUUCAUGAUUAAACCACUUUUGCCAUUAUAUAACUAUAUGCAAUGUUGAGGUAUCCACCAAAUAAAAUGAGGAAAAUUCGGACGCUAAUAAGUGGAAAUGAGAGUUAAAUUUAGAUAUUAUGGCAGGUUAUAAGAGAGGAAGGGGUUGGGGUAGGGGAAAGCUUGUUCUUGCCGUAUAUUGUCUGAUUCUGGUAAGAGAACGAUGUCAGAAAAUUGAGAACGAUAAAUGUAACCUGGAGUUGUAGACAUGCAUUGUUGGUCAAUUUUGAGAAUUUGGUUCCUACAUGAGUUCAAUUACACUGUCAUGUUCAUCUCGCUUACGCCAACAGAGAACUUCAUCCAACGAUGGGGUACCCACUACAUAAAAUCAGCGAAAUUCGGAGGCCAACUGCAAAUAAGAAAAACUAUGGAAGCGUCCCAAGUGGCAUCAAAACAUGCAUUCGCAGAAAAAAUGGAGAUGGAAUUUAGAUUUUUAUUCGCAAGCGGUGGGGCCAAGUCAAGUACUGAAGGAGGUCAAGAAGCAAAAGCCCAAAACAAAUUCACUUCCACUUCAGUUAUGGCACAGGGUGGGAGCCAAGAGAUUGCAACCAUUCUCUCAGAUGUGUACUCGCCAACGUUCAAGUCGAGUUUAAGGGAAUGGCUGCAGAGUAUUCCAAAUUAUCCCAAGGCUUUCCGUUUUUUGUUGGGAUCGAUAGUUGACCUAGUUAAUUUCCGUGCAAACGAUUUGUUUUCUGCAGAAGACGUCGACUGGGGAUGCGAGGGGAAUGUACAAAAUAUUGUAGAAGAAACAAGAGGGGAGACAACUCAAAGGUACUACACGGUGACAAAUGCUGAUGGAAGAGUCAAGAAGUUCUACUGCCCUUUUCAAGACCGGGAAGAAUUGGAUGUUGCUUUGAGGAAAAGGCGUUCCAGUCUCAACAGGGCUAUCGAGAUUUUUAUGGCCGAGGUGUGUUAAAGUAGAACUCUUAAAAUAAUGAAAAAAGGGCUACAGAAUCAAUGAAUAGCGAGAAACUACGGACUGUGUUCGUAGAAUUCGUCAUAUUACUCAUUGAUCAUUUUUUUCUCAAAGAAUAUUGACUACGAGGUGAUUGGCAUAAAGCUUAACCGCUGUGUUUUCUGGGAAAAGAAAAACAGACUUAAGUUCAUGGUACUAUCACCGCUGUCUCAAUGCCCCUAUUAUCGCUUUCGAUGGAAAAGGCAGAAUCCCUGAAAGCCAUUGGGAACGUCAUGGCUCACCGUUGUUCUAACGGAGUGAAAAACAAGCCUUUGGUUAACAAUUGUUAGCUCUGCCGCAACUACACUGUCAGACGUUCGACUGUUAUUAAAUCGGCCAGACCUGCAGACUCAUUCCUUUACGUACUAGAUACUUAAAGACUAUAAAAAUAAUUUAUUUUGAAUGACAUAUAUAUUUGUUCUGCUUAGGGCCCGAUAUCUGUUUCUGAUAUGGUGAUUUCAAAGUGCACACGGGAAGACAAAACUACUGAAGUCAACGAUGGCUUUUUUCUCAAUACCCGUGUUCCAAAGUGGAAAGAAAUACACAAGAAAACUCGACCCUCACAGUUAAAUUUGAUAUGGAGACCAAUUUGGCCCGUGGGGUAGACGGUUUGGGAAAAAUCGAGAAAAACAUGACCCGAGAAGUUAAAUUUACUGGUGGUAGAUGGUUCACUGCUGAUGAGUACGGCAAGUUCCACCUGUACAGUGGAUAUCGUAACGGAAAGAGCGGUGAGCUGAGGAACCACAAGUUAUCCAUAUUUGGCCUUGUCCUAACUUAUAAUUCAAAAUAUGGAAGCUUGGAUCUUAUCAAAGAAGACUUCAAUGAAUCUAAACGGACUUAUCCAACCUUAAGAGAGGAAAUGAUUGGAUUUCCACUACCACACCUCACUGUGACGCACUCGAAUUCUUUCCACGAUUCAGAUAAACGAGGGUCUGCGCCCUCACCUGCGGUGACACCGUGUAAUGUAAAAUGGUCCAACGCCUUGCGGCUUGACCCAACAACGACUGGUGGCCGUUGCCUUCAUUUCACUGCCUCUUCUGCUGGCGAUUUCUUUGUUGUUUUCGCAACGAUACCGAGUCGGCGCAGCUCUUGGUAUUAUGUGCAGAUUGGAGUCAGAAAAGUUGCAAUUUAUAAGGUCUAUAAAUGUUAACUGAAAGUGUGUGACACAUUUUGAUUUGUGUACGUUGAUAAUCAUUUGUCAGCAACACUCUUAGACUUUGACUAUAUUUUUACUUUUUAGGGAGAGGGAAGUUACAUCAACGUCAGACACUGGAUCUGUGUCUAUCGGAGAUGCAUUGCUGUACCAGUCAUACUUUGUUUGCCUUUAUGAAAAGCCCAACAGCACUCUGAUUGAAUAUGGAAAGUCUCUGGGUAUCUCAGACGGUGGAGACAUAUAUCUGACGCAUCUUGACGCCAACAAUCCCUUAAACGUGCGAUUUUACGCUUUUGGUAACAUGGAUAAGGUUGUCAAAAUAUGGGACGCUCACAUUACACCACGUGACCUUACAGAUGCUGAUUGCAAAGGAAGCACUUACAAAGAUCUCCCAACAAAUCUGUGCUUUUUGAAGUGCCAUGAAUAUUGCGACCCUUUUGCAGGUUGA